GGCCACCAUGGCGGACACCGCAAGAGCAAGGGCAAGAGCGCCGUCUCCCCACCGCAGCCUCCCGGAGGAGAUCACCAUCUGGGAGAUCCUUGUCCGCCUGCCCCCCAAAUCCCUCCUCCGCUGCCGUGCCGUCUGCCCCGCCUGGCGCCGCGCCACCUCCACCCGCGACUUCCUCCUCGCCCACCACGCCCGCCAGCCCACCCUCCCUCUCCUCGACGACUUGAGCAGCAUCGGCUACGGAGGCCACUCCUUAGACACCAUCCCCAUCCCCUUCCCCUUGGAGCAUCAGGCCGCCACCGGCCGGCUCCAGUCCGUCGUGCGAUUUGAUGAUGCCUACUUGCGCCUGUUCGCCUCCUGCGACGGCCUCCUCCUUCUCUCCAUGGCCAAUGGCUACUUAGUCCUCUGUAAUCCGGCAACUCGUCAGUUUGCUCGUCUCCCGCUCCGUUCUGGCUUCAUACCCUUGGGGAUGUAUCCACACAGCCCAACUGGAACUGGGGAGUACAGACUACUGCUGUACCUGUCUUCCUCCAAACUGGUACCUGACGCUCAGGCUGGCUACUACAUCCUCUCUGUAGGCUCCGGCCAGCUGCCCAGGCACAUAGGGUGCAGGGAUGUGGAGAGGCUCAUAAACACAUUCGGAUCUGUCAUCUUCCAUGGUAGCCUACAUUGGCACCGGCACAACGUGAUAAUGGUAUUUGACACCACAACCGAGUUGUUCCGUGAGAUGUCUGCUCCGGUUGCUCCUGGCCCCGCUAACCUGUUUGAGAUGGAUGGAAUGCUUGCUGCGUCCAUCUUCACUGAUCCGACGACAUCCAUUGAUAUCUGGAUAGCACAGGACUAUGCCAAUGAGGUUUGGGCCUUCAAAUAUCGGGUCAAUUUGCCGGUUGCAGAGCUCACAGCACAGUUUGGGAAGAUUAACAAACGUUGCUGUGUGGUGUUUGCCUCUUGGGAUGGUCAUGUGCUUGUGCUGGCCAAAUUUGGAGAUUGGCUACUUCAGGUUGAUAUGGAUGGCAAGUUGGUUGCCAGUUUCCAUCACAGAGGCGUUGGUCCUACUCAAAAUCGGCUGAAACAAUCUCUUGUUCAGCAUACCUUCUUUCCGACACUAGAGGGUUAUGUUGUCAACGCGUCGCCUUUCAUCUGACCAGAAGAUUAUGUUGUCAACACACAGCCUUUCAUCUGAGGGCGUUUGAUUGUGGUAAUGUUUCUUAUGGGCCUAGCUCCCCGUGUCCACCUGAACCGCAGUGUGUAUUAACUGGAUCCACUAUGAGGCCGCUAGCUUCUUUUUUGAUCCAUAAAAAAUUAUGAUCAAGAAGCUCUGAGUGUUACAUGGUUGUCUUAUAUUUCUCUGAAUAUCCUUUUGGGCCGAAGUGGCUGCCGUGAGUGUAGAUGCUAAAACUAUAAAUCAUUUGGCUGACAUAAGUGUUGAUGCUAAGACAAUCCUAAAAUAAGCUGGACAAGUGAAAUAUGUACUGAUAAGAGAAGAAAGGUUAUCAUGGUUAGGCUGUGUUCCUUUCUUUUGGUUCAGUGUUUGAAAUGUUGGCAACUGUUCUGACUCGUGUCACUGUUCUCUUGAACCGGAGAAUAGAUCCCCUCCCCCCUCCCCUCUCUCCCUUCAUGUAGUAGUUUGUCUGUACUCGAGGUAGCAAUGUAGCUGCCUCUUCUCUCUGUUUACUGAAUUGAAGAAUUGGAUUAUAUCCAUUUACCGAUGUCUUCAUUUGUAGAGUUUAUCUGAUGGUCUUCUUAAUACUGAAACUUAGCACACGGGUGUCUUGUUUCUAUUUUUUGCUGGUAGCUAGCUGAUUAUCUACUUGUUGGCUAGCAAGUUGCACCUGGUUUUUAGAAGAGCUUGGAGCACUACUCUUGUUAUAUUAAGUGAUUAAAUUGUAGUAGCUUUUCAGAAAUAUUCUGCUGCAAUUCAUUCCUUCUUCAUGAAUCCCUUGCAUCAUUUGAAAUACUCUGUUAUAAUUUCAGGUUCUUGUUGCAUCAUUUGGAAUUAUCACUUCACUUUGGCUGCUAACUAUUUAACGAAUUAAUAUUAUACUGACACUAUUCCUCUGAAAAUUAGGAUCACAUAUGUAGAGUUGAUAGCAAAGAUGAGAAAGGACUAACUGGGGCUGGUGUUUGUGGCGCCCUUUUUACUCGUGUUUUUUUACUGGAGUUUCUGGUUGUUAAUUUGAGCGUUAGGGAUUGUUUCCUAUUCAGAGUUUUCAAGAAACUGUCGUGCCCAAUUUCCAUCCCCACACAAUACUGUUUGGUAACUUACCUAAAGUUGUAUUAUUGUCAGGCUAGUGCAAGCAAUCAGCUGCCAUCAUAAGGAAAAAAUAGUUCACUGUCUGGUAAGCUUGCAGUUCAGAUUACGAGGUACUAAUCUCUUGAGCUGUGAAGGACAUGUGCAAAAUGAUCUUGAAGUUAA